UCAAACAUUUUGAAAUAUUAGAAGGAAAACUAUUUCUCUUGGAACAGCAAAGUAAUCCCCGUUCCAGUACUGCGCGGAACAUGGUGGGUCUUACCAUAAGUGGUUAGAAUCCCGCCAGCUAGGACAAACCCUUCACAACUGGUCCCUCCUAUCAACAAAAUCAUUAAAAAAACACAUCGUAGGACCCACACACUUCCAUUAACUCAAAUCAAUUCCUCUUAUAAAUCCGCUUCUUAUCUCUUCACUCACACAACAAACAAAACACAAGUACACAAUCCAAAACCCCAAACCUAAGAACAAAAAUGGAAGCUAAAGAACAGGAUGUGUCUCUAGGAGCCAACAAAUUCCCAGAAAGACAACCACUUGGGAUAGCAGCUCAAAGCCAAGAUGACCCUAAGGACUAUCAAGAGCCACCACCAGCACCUUUGUUUGAGCCAUCUGAACUCACUUCAUGGUCUUUCUACAGAGCUGGGAUAGCUGAGUUCGUUGCUACUUUCCUUUUUCUUUAUAUCACUGUUUUGACUGUUAUGGGUGUUGUUAGAGCUGAUUCUAAGUGUAAGACUGUGGGUAUUCAAGGAAUUGCUUGGGCUUUUGGUGGCAUGAUCUUUGCUCUUGUUUACUGUACUGCUGGAAUCUCAGGUGGUCACAUAAAUCCAGCAGUCACAUUUGGGCUAUUUUUGGCAAGGAAAUUGUCAUUGACAAGAGCAUUGUUCUACAUGGUGAUGCAAUGUUUGGGUGCUAUUUGUGGUGCUGGUGUUGUGAAAGGUUUUGAAGGAAAGACAAGAUUUGGAGAUCUGAAAGGUGGUGCCAACUUUGUUGCUCCUGGUUACACCAAAGGUGAUGGUCUUGGUGCUGAAAUUGUUGGCACUUUCAUUCUUGUUUACACCGUCUUCUCAGCCACCGAUGCUAAACGUAGCGCUAGAGACUCUCAUGUUCCCAUUUUGGCACCAUUGCCAAUUGGGUUCGCUGUGUUCUUGGUUCACUUGGCCACUAUCCCAAUUACUGGAACUGGUAUUAACCCUGCUCGUAGUCUUGGUGCUGCUAUUAUCUUCAACAAGGACCUUGGUUGGGAUGAUCACUGGAUCUUCUGGGUGGGACCAUUUAUUGGAGCAGCUCUUGCAGCACUCUACCACGUGGUUGUAAUCAGAGCCAUUCCCUUCAAGUCUAAGUAAUCGAAUCAAACGGUUCGUGAUCAAUCAAGACAUGUUUGUGGGCUUCAUUUCAUCAUCAUCCUUUUCUUUUUCCUUGUUUUCUUCAAAAUUUCAAGUGUUGUAUUUUGUAAUUUGUAUGUAAAUGUGUAAUGUUAUUAUGAUUAUUAGGUGUAGCAUGUGUGUGUGUUGAGUAAUGGCCUAAUUUUCCUAUGGUUUUGAGUUGGAAAUAAUGGGGUCCAGCUCAUGUGUGAUGUACGGGUGUGAAUGUGUAUUUUGCCAAAUCUAAAAUAACACUCUAGUCAUCAUUUCUGAA